CGCAGCGGGGCCGGUGCCGCUCGGUUCGGUGCGCUGGGCCCGCACACGGACACACGUGCGGGGCCGGGCCGCGCCCCCCCUGCCUCGCCUCGGGGUUAUUCCGGGUGACGGAGGAAGCCGCAGCCGCGGGGCCGCCCCGGCUCCAGGAGGAGCGGCCGCCGCCGCCGCCGCGCACCUGCCCGCCCCCGGCCCGCCCCGAAUCCCCGGCGCGGGGCCGGCGGUAGCGCUGCGGGUGUAGCGGCGACCCGCAGCAUCCCCCGGCGCGGGCCGUGGCCGCCCCGGAGCCAGGCGGUGGGAAGGGACCGUCCCCUUCCCUGCCCGCCGCAGCCAUGGAGGGGGGAGUGCAGCUCCUGAACCGCGACGGCCACAGCAUCUCACACAACUCCAAGCGCCACUACCACGACGCCUUCGUGUGCAUGAACCGCAUGCGGCAGCGGGGGCUGCUCUGCGACAUCGUCCUGCACGUGGCCACCAAGGAGAUCAAGGCCCACAAGGUGGUGCUGGCGUCGUGCAGCCCCUACUUCCACGCCAUGUUCACAAAUGAGAUGAGUGAGAGCCGCCAGACCCAUGUGACACUGCAUGACAUCGACCCCCAGGCGCUGGAGCAGCUGGUGCAAUACGCCUACACGGCUGAGAUCGUGGUGGGAGAGGGGAAUGUGCAGACCCUCCUUCCUGCUGCCAGCCUGCUUCAGCUCAAUGGUGUGCGGGACGCUUGCUGCAAGUUCCUGCUCAGCCAGCUCGACCCCUCCAACUGCCUGGGCAUCCGUGGCUUUGCUGACACGCACUCCUGCAGCGACCUCCUCAAGUCUGCCCACAAGUACGUCCUGCAGCACUUCGUGGAGGUGUCCAAGACAGAGGAGUUCAUGUUGCUGCCCCUUAAACAGGUGCUGGACCUCAUUUCCAGCGACAGCCUCAACGUGCCCUCGGAGGAGGAGGUGUACAGGGCUGUGCUCAGCUGGGUCAAACACGACGUGGACAGCAGGAGACAGCACGUGCCCAGGCUCAUGAAGUGCGUGCGGCUGCCGCUGCUGAGCCGGGAUUUCCUCAUGAGCAACGUGGACACGGAGCUGCUGGUGCGGCACCACUCGGAGUGCAAGGACCUGCUCAUCGAGGCCCUCAAGUACCACCUGAUGCCCGAGCAGAGAGGGGUCCUGAGCAACAGCCGGACGCGGCCGCGGCGCUGCGAGGGGGCCAGCACCGUGCUCUUCGCUGUGGGUGGAGGGAGCCUGUUCGCCAUCCACGGCGACUGCGAGGCCUACGACACGCGCACCGACCGCUGGCACAUGGUGGCCUCCAUGUCCACGCGCAGGGCCCGCGUGGGCGUCGCGGCCAUCGGGAACAAGCUCUACGCCGUGGGAGGCUACGAUGGCACCUCUGACCUGGCCACAGUGGAGUCCUACGACCCUGUCACCAAUUCCUGGCAGCCCGAGGUGUCCAUGGGCACCAGGAGGAGCUGCCUGGGUGUGGCAGCCCUUCACGGGCUCCUCUACGCUGCUGGGGGGUACGAUGGGGCCUCGUGCCUCAACAGCGCAGAGAGGUACGACCCCCUGACAGGCACCUGGACCUCCAUCGCUGCCAUGAGCACCCGGAGACGCUACGUCCGCGUGGCCACGCUAGAAGGCAACCUCUAUGCAGUCGGGGGCUACGACAGCUCAUCGCACUUAGCCACGGUGGAGAAGUACGAGCCCCAGAUCAACACCUGGAGCCCCAUUGCCAACAUGCUGAGCCGCCGGAGCAGCGCGGGCGUGGCCGUGCUCGAGGGGAUGCUCUACGUGGCUGGUGGCAAUGACGGCACCAGUUGCCUUAACUCCGUGGAGCGCUACAACCCCAAAUCCAACACCUGGGAGAGCGUGGCCCCCAUGAACAUCCGCAGGAGCACCCACGACCUGGUGGCCAUGGACGGGUGGCUUUACGCCGUGGGUGGCAACGACGGCAGCUCCAGCCUGAACUCCAUCGAGAAGUACAACCCUCGCACCAACAAGUGGGUGGCGGCGUCCUGCAUGUUCACCCGCCGGAGCAGCGUGGGGGUGGCCGUGCUGGAGCUCCUCAACUUCCCCCCGCCCUCCUCGCCCACCCUCUCCGUGUCCUCCACGAGCCUUUGACACCGAGCCCGGCCGUGCCUCAGCCCCGGGGGACAGAGGUGGCACCUGCUCAGCCCCGCAGGACAGAGGUGGCACCCACCCAGCCCCAGAGGACAGAGGUGGCACCUGCUCGGCCCCGCAGGACAGAGGUGGCACCUUCCCGGCCCCAGAGGACAGAGGUGGCACCUGCUCAGCCCCGCAGGACAGAGGUGGCACCUGCUCAGCCCUGCAGGACAGAGGUGGCACCUGCUCGGCCCUGCAGGACAGAGGUGGCACCUGCUCGGCCCCAGAGGACAGAGGUGGCACCUUCCCGGCCCUGCAGGACAGAGGUGGCACCUUCCCGGCCCUGCAGGACAGAGGUGGCACCUGCCCGGCCCCGCAGGACAGCCGCUCGCUCUGAGCAGGGAGCACAAAUCCCAGCCCAGCCCUUCUUGGGGGCUCUCCCUGCUCUGGGGACACCCGUGGAGGUCACCAGGACCACCAAAUGUGCUUCCAGGGCUGGCCCCUCCCUGGAGGGCAAGAAGAGGGGGCUCUCCCCCCGGCCAGACUCAUCCAGCAUCCCCCAGAAAGCUCCUCUGGCAGGGGGAGCCCGAAGCGUCGCUGCUGUCCGGGAUUGCCGCGCUCCAGCCGUGCCACCGGGCACUGCCAGCCCCGCGGUGGCCCCGGGGGACACGGCCGCUCCUGAAUGUCACUGUAGCCAAACCAAGCCUGCACUGUUCCGGACUCCGGGGCCGCUGCCCGGCUCCCAGGGUGUCUCUUUGAUGCCUUAAACACAGCGAGAGAAGCAGCCCCAGGCGCAGCCCCGCGGGAUGGGGAGGGUCGGAGGCGAAGCUGGACGCAGCAUCCUGAGCCCUCCGGUGGUGCCCUGGGGCACCGAGAGCCCGGCUCAGCCUCGGCCAGUGCCCGGUGGCCACGGGGACCGCGGUGCCAUCGCUGGCCUCUGCCCCUGGCCUGGCCUGGCCUGUCUGCUGCUCCCCUCUCUGCAAAGCAGAUCCUGGGUUUGUGGAAAGGAAUCAGUUCUCGGAGAAACAACAGUCCAGCCUUCUGAACGAGGAGGAUUGCCUGGCAUUACUUUUUUGGGUAUUAAUUUUUUUAUUUGCCUUUUUUUUUUUUUAUUUGAACGCCGAUAUGACUUCAUAUCCCUUUAUUUUUUACUCUGCCCUCGUAUUCCCCAUCCCCUCUGCUCUCGAGGCAGCAGAAGGGAUGCAGUUCCUUUUCUCUUUUGUUGAGGAGAUGAUUCCUGUGCCCUGGGCUCUCUCUGGAUGGGUGGGGUGUGUGCAUGUGUGAGAUGCCGAAAGCAGCACGGGAGGGACCGUUUCCAAUUAGCGGCUCCCUGGCAAUGAAGCAACCACUUUAAUGAACUAAAGGUUGGAUAAAUUAGCACUGUAAGGCCUGUCCUAGAGCCAGGGCCCCCGUGGUGUGGUGUUUUCAGGGUGUGCUGUGUGUGUGAGCCCUGAGCUGAGGCACAGAUCAGGUGCUCUCCACACCACAGAGGAACGACUCAACCACUGGUACCUCAAUUGUGUUCAAAUGUAGCAUUGCAAAUAUGCUCCACCUGUUUGGAACUCAUUCCUUUCUCCUUUUCCCCCCACUGCUCCCCAGUUCUCACUCACAGAGCUCACAUUUCACUCCUGUGGUACCUGUGGGCCUGAAUUUUUAAGUAGCAAGAGAUUUCUCCUUUUUUUGGAGGGGAGAAAGAAGAGUUUGAAAUGAGACAGGGACUCCCCAACUUGAGAUCCUUUUCUUGGCAGUCUGAUUUCCCCUUUGGACAGGUGCCUGCAGGUUUUCCAAGCCCACUGGUAUCCUUCAGCCCACUCACAGUGCCUCAUGUUGUACACCUGGAAUUCCCAGCAGCUUCUGGAAACCAGGGCUGCUUCUCCCUCCAGCCUCUCCCCAAGGACAGUCUGAGCUUCUUGGCUUUUGGAACAGGCUCUGAAUCUUCUUUUUGUCCCCUUCCUGCUGCCCCAGCCUGUCACAGCUCAGCAGCUCCCGUCUCCCUGUGCUGCAGGGGAGUGUCCAGACUCUGCAGCUGUCUCCUGGUCCAUGUGGACUGCCCCAGGAAGGUCAGAGGAAUCUGCUUUGUUCAAAAAAUGAUGAAAUCGGUGAAUUCCCUCUGUUUUGUGCGUGUGCCUCCACCCGAGCGAGCUCUCGACCCUUUCCAUCCCAUUCCUGUGAGCAACAUCAGGAUUCCUCUUUCCUGCUGGGCUCACAUCCAGGUGUCCCUGGCUCCAGGGUCCCCUUGGGAGGAGGAUCAGCCAUGGACAGGUGGAAGGGGCUGGAGCUGGGCUUGGUCUGAGGAGCUCAGGAGGAGAGAGGAACGCAGGGAGAGUGGAGCCCAGGCAGGAGGGGCAGUGCAGGAGCUGCCGAGGGGGAAACAGGGCUGGUUUCAAACAAGGAAUGAGGGAGCUGUGCCUUGGGGCAAAACCUGAGGGGAGAGAGAAAUGCAGCAGCUGAGGGGAGUUGUGGUGCCAGGUACCCUUGGAAUCUUCAGCGGUCACACUGCAAAUCGUGUGUGAGGCUGUCCUGAGCACCAGGGACGGGGGCACAGUGACUCCUGUCCCCCCUGGCUGGGUCCUGAGCAAUAUCCCCUGAGCCUGAGGCAGGGAAAGCCGGGAGGAGGGAGCCUCUUGUCUCUGCUGCCCAAACUAUGCAGGUGCUCUCUGCUUCCCUGUGCCAGAGGGAGGAGGAAGGGAAAGGGCAAAACAAUUCCCCAGCAUCUUCUGGGGGUCCCGAGCCCCCCGACCCACACUGUGUGGACACGAGGUGUCAGCAUCUGCCCUGGGAGAUGCCAGGGUGGGAUUGCUCCUGGUGCUGCACGUCCCCUGCCGAGGAGGAGGAGGAGGAGGAGAGCUCGGAGGGGACGUGUGUCUGUGUCUGUCUGUCUGUGCGUAGCAACCCUGUCUGAGGGGAGGAGAACAACUCUGUGUGGCUUCCCUGCCAGUUUUAGUUCGUGGUGUCUCACCCAAGAUGUUCCUUGUCUGAAUUCCCAGCAGAGGAGCGUCCCCGAGCCGGGGGGCUCCGGCCCUGGGGGCUUUUCCAGCAGGGCCAGGCAGGAGCCCCUGCCCUGAUUUGGGGGCUGCCUUGGCCUCCCUGCUGGGCACACCUGGUCCAGAUCCAUGUCCAAGCGUUGUCACUUUGAUUUCUCUGUAACUUUAUUUAUGUGGAACUCUGUUUCUCGGAAUUUUUUGCACUACACGGGACUGGGGAGGGGACACAAGCAAUAGAAGCCAACG